AUGUCCGCCUCUGGGCGACGCGGGGUCCCGUCCCGUUCCCAACAAGCCUUCUCCUGGCUCCUGUCAGCGGAGCCCGAUGAAACAGCGGCAGGGCGAGGCCGGCAGGGCGGCUCCAAAGGCGGCAAGGGCAAGGGACGGCGCGGCAGCGGCGGCGGCGACGCGGGCACCUCUUACAUCCCUGGCUUCCGGCUGCGCGAGGGUGCCGCGGCGGGCGCCCGGUCGCCUGCCGCGGGGCGAGCGGCAGGUGCCUCAGGCCUGGCGGCCCUGCAGGAGUCUUUUGAAGGGGUGUUGGACCGGGAGGUGGUGGCAGACGUGCUGGCGUCGUGCGGAGGCGACGCAGCUGCAGCCAUGGACGCCCUCCUGACCCUGGCCGGCGGCAGCAGCAGCGCAGCCGCGCAGCCCGCAGACGCUGCCCCGCCAGGCGUGGCAGCGGCGGGGGAUGCGCGGCCUGGCACGGCAACGGCGGCCGCCGGGCCGCCGCCCACGCCAGCCCACCCCGCCCAGCCCUGCUACUGGGAUGCGCUACCGACAGAGUGCAAGUGGCUGGUGUUUGAGGAGCUGUCGCUGCGGGACCUGGCGCGGGCGGCGCGCACGUGCCGCGAGUUUGCGGCGUACGUGCGUGAGCAGCGGCGCAGCCUGCCCACGGUGGUGGUGCCGGAGGGCGUGUCGCUGACGGCGGUCAGGAGCCUGGUGGCGGCGUUUGGCGGCGCGCGGGGCGUGUCGCUGUGGCGCUGCGCCGCCGCCCUGCGCUUCCAGCACGAGUUCGAGGACAUGCUACGGGCGGUGGCGCUGGGGCAGAGCGACAGGCCCAGCGGCGUGCCCGUCAGCCAGCUCAGCCUGGCGCGGUGCGGCGGCGCGACAGACGGCGUGGUGGCGGCGCUGUGCGAGACAUUUUCCGGCCUGCGGCGCCUGGACCUGUCGCGGUGUGUGGGGGUGGGGGAUGCGGCCAUGGUACGCCUGUCGGCCUACACCCGCCAGCCAGAUGCGGCCGCUGGCAGCGAGGAGGAGGAGGAGGAAGGGGCGUGGGAGCAGAAGGAUGCAGCGGCUGGUGUAGGCGGCAUGCGGCUGUCUGGCUCCCCUCCCCCGGCCGCGGCAGCCCUGGCGCCUGCGCCUGUUCCGGCGAUGGAGAGCCCCGACUCGGCUGUCCGGCGCAUCGCCGCUCAGCGCCACGCCGACAUGCUCGAACGCUGUGCUGCGGCAGCUAGGGCGCAGCACGGGCGGCCGACGGCGGGCGGCCUGGAGGAGCUGUGCCUGCGGGAGACCUCGGUCGGCGGGCGCGGCCUCAGGCAGCUGCUCCAGCCGGGCAGCGCCACCAGCAAGAGCCUGAAGGUGUUGGAUGUGUCUCGCUGCGCCAACCUGGGGUCCGACCUGGACCUCCAGCCGAGGGCGAUGGUGGAGGUGCUGCGCGCCGGCGGCUGCGCCUCGCUGCGCUGCGUGGCGAUCCAGCUGCCGGCGGAGGCGCCGCUGCGCGCGCUGCACCUGGACGGCUGCCGCCAGCUGGCGGAGGUGCUGGUGGUGGCGUCCCGCCUGGAGUCCCUCAACCUCAGCCACUGCGGCCAGCUGCGCAGCCUCACCCUGCGGUGCAGGCGCCUGCGCGAGCUGCGCGCUGUCAACUGCAGCAGCCUCACCCUGUCCGCCGGCGAGCUGCGCUGCCCAGCGCUGGAGGAGGUCAACCUGUUUGGGUGCCGCCAGCUGGACGCGGAAGGCGGCGAGCGCCGCUGCUCCUUUCUUGGCUGCCUCCACAAAAGCCUGGAGGCAUGCGCGGCAUCCCUGACCAAGUGCUUCUCCCUGGACCUCACCGGCUGCAUCAGCCUGCCUCGCCUGCUGCUGCCAGAGGCCACAGCACUGCGCACGGUCAGCGUCUCCGGGUGCAGCCUGCUGCGCCAGGUCCUGCUGGCCAGCCCGCUGCUGUGCCACUUCAGGGCAGCCGGGUGCGCCCGCCUGAUGGAUGUGAGGCUGGGCACCGCCACCUUGUCUCAGCUGGACCUGGAAAACUGCUGCAACCUGCGGGAGGUGCAGCUCAGCGAGGAUGUGGGCGGCGGCGCAGCAGCACCGGAGGCCGCACGUGGCGAGGCCGACGAGCGGCAGGAUGGCGAGGGCAGCGGCGGCGCAAGCGGCAAGGCGCCUGCACCCCGUCGCAAGGCGCUGGUGCUGAAGGGGUGCACCACUCUGCCGAGCGAUGCCAAGGCGCGCCUGCGGGCUGCGGUGCUGGGACGCUGA